AUGGACAAGGCCAUGAAGAGUAUGGAUCUAGCUAAGAUUACUCAGCUCAUGGAGCAAUUUGAGAGGAAUUUCGAGGAUCUAGAUGUCCAAACAGCUACCAUGGAGGGUUCGAUGCAGGGGUCGGUUUCGUCGUCAAUGCCUGAAAGCCAAGUGGACACUCUUAUGCAACGGGUGGCAGACGAGCAUGGGCUUGAAAUGGAACAGCAACUCGGAGCGGCACCUAAUGCGGCGGUGUCUGUUGCACAACCGACGAAGGAGCAGGAGGAAGAUUUAUCAGAACGACUGAAGAAACUCAGAGAAAUGUCAUGA